UCCGCAGCCGGGAGGCGGCGGCCGGCGGGGCAACGCAAAGCAUGCCGGGACUCGUAGUCCCUACUGUUCCUCACGUAGGGCGCCGGAGGAAGAAAGAACUACGACUCCCGAAGAGGAGUGCAGCCCGCCGCCGCCGCCAGGCUGCGGGAAGCCAGGCGGGGCAGCAGCGAUCUUCACAACAUCCGGGCCCCGGCGCUGGAGAGGCGCCGCGACCGGUUGCUAUGGAGACGGGCUACUCCUACCACUCCAAAGGAUUCGCGGUUUCACCCAAAGGGCUACUCCCAGGAUUAGGCGGAUUAGUCGAUACCUAUUGAUUCAGCCGACGGAUCACGUUCUCAUUUCGCUGCUUUAACUGGGUAUAGUAAAAAGGCCGCGUCCCCUGGCGCGCUCGCUGGUCUUGUCAUCCGCUGCCAGGAAAGACUGCGUUUGCCGAAGAAAUUAAGAUACCGAGAAUGACCGAGUACGACUGGGACAAGAAAAGUGCUUCAACUUCAAAUUCAGACAUGGAAAUGAAACCUGAACAACUUCCUCCUUGUGUGAACCCUGGAAAUCCUGUGUUUUCAUGUAUGUUGGACCCAAAGACACUACGUACAGCUACUUCACUAUCAAAACCUAAGAUGAUUAUGUAUAAAACCAAUUCAAGUAAUUAUGGUGAAUUUUUACCUAUGCCACAGUUUUUUCCUUGCAAUUAUACUCCAAAGGAGCAAGUAUUUUCAAGCCAUAUCAGAGCUACUGGAUUUUAUCAAAAUAACACUCUAAACACUGCCCCUGACAGAACCAGAACCGUUGAUUUUCCUAAUUUUCAACACACUCUAUGAAGAAAUAUUCCUUUGUAUAUUUAAGGAAAUAUGCUCAGGAAAAAUGAGUUUUAAAUCUAAGGCUAGAAUACCAAAUUUGGACUAGAAAAGCAUUUGAAUAAGUUAAAAGAAUAAUUUUAAGAAAUAAAGCAUUUGAACUGA